AUGUCUGUUAAGUUUAAGUUAGACACAGGAGCAGAAACAAAUGUACUACCGCAGGCUGUGUACAAGACAUUGAAGAGAAAAGCCAGGCGUGAAAAACGAAUAAACUUGCAACUAAAACCGACAAAAACUGUGUUGGUGGCGUACGGUGGAGUUAAGCUGAAACCAGAAGGGACAAUCUCACUGGAGUGCUCCAAUGCCCAAACCAAAUCCAACCAGCUGUUCUAUGUGUCAAACCACUCAGACACAGCUAUCCUAGGCAAGGAUGCAUGUGAAGCGUUAGGUCUGAUAAAGAGGAUGGACAUUGACACGCUCGCAGUCAAGUUCCCAACUACAAAAGAGGAGCUGUUAAAGCAACAUGCAAGUGUCUUUGAAGGACUUGGUGAGUUCUCAGGUGAACAUCACAUCCACAUUGACCCUACAGUCACUCCUGUCAUACAUGGCUGCAGGAAAAUACCACUGUCAGUUAUGGACAGACUGAGAGACACGCUUGAUGACCUGCUAAAAGCAGACGUUGUUGAACAAGUAACUGAGCCGACGACAUGGGUCAAUAGUCUUGUAGUCACAGAAAAGAAAGACAAGAAGAAGCUGAGGGUUUGCCUAGACCCCACUGACCUAAACAAAGCUAUUUUGAGACAGCAUUAUUCAAUUCCCACAGCAGAUGAGGUGUUGUGUAAACUAGCUGGUAAGAAAAUCUUCACAGUACUGGAUGAGAAAGACGGCUAUUGGCAAAUAAAGCUGGACAAGGAGUCGUCGCUACUGUGCACUUUCAACACGCCAUGGGGGCGCUAUAGGUUUAAGCGCCUGCCAUUUGGAAUCAAGUCGGCGAGUGAAGUUUUUCAGCAACGCAACUGCGAGACAUUUGGGGACAUCAUGGGUGUUCACAUAAUUGCUGAUGACAUGAUUAUCGCUGCGUCCACAGAAAAGGAACAUGACGAAAUACUGCAAAAGGUGAUGACUAGAGCAAAGGAGGCUAAUGUCAAAUUCAAUAAAGAGAAGAUCCAAUACAAGGUGAACAGUGUCAAAUACAUGGGUCAUGUUGUGACCUCAGAGGGUGUUAAAGUAGACGAAGCAAAAGUUAAGGCAAUAGUUGACAUGCCAUCACCCACAGACAGACCGGCUCUGCAACGCAUGCUUGGGAUGAUCAAGUAUCUCUCACAGUACAUACCUGGAGAAGCGACGGCCACAGCGCCACUGAGACAGCUGCUGAGAAAAGACAGUGCUUGGCAAUGGCAACACGAACAUGAGGAAGCUGUAAAUAGUCUAAAAAAUGCGCUUGUCACAGCCCCUGUUCUCAAAUUCUUUGACCCAAAGAAAGCUGUCGUGAUACAAGCAGAUGCAUCCAAGGACGGUUUAGGUGCAUGUCUAAUGCAAGAUGGACAUCCUAUCGCCUAUGCAUCCAGAGCUCUAACGGACACAGAGAAAAACUAUGCACAGAUAGAGAAGGAGCUUCUGGCUAUCGUGUUUUCAGUGAAACGCUUUCACCAGUACGCCUAUGGAGUCAAGGUUAAUGUGCAGUCAGAUCACAAACCUUUGGAAACGAUCCUGAGAAAGCCACUGGGAACAGCUCCGUCCAGACUACAGCGGAUGCUACUUCAGCUGCAACGCUAUGACCUGAAUGUAAUUUACACGCCAGGUAAAGAGUUACUGAUCGCAGACACACUCUCACGAGCAACUACACAUGAGCAACCGGGUGAGUGUGACAUUUUUGAAGAAAAAGUGAUCUAUGCUCUUGAGCCAACAGAGGCCCUAAGCCCAGAGACUCUGGCACAGUUAAAGCUUGAGACACAAAAUGACGUCAUACUGCAAACAUUGCUGGACAUUCACAGGCAGGGCUGGCCACAUCACAGAAAACAAGUCGACAAAAAGGUGAUGCAAUACUGGCCUAUUAGGCACUCAGUGUCAAUUAGAGAAGGAAUAAUGUUUGCAGGAGACAGAAUUAUUCUACCUACUAAAAUGAGGUCAGACAUGUUACAGAGGCUGCAUGUGGCACACCAAGGUAUGCAGCGCACCAAAGCUCUGGCCAGAGUACACUGGUAUUGGCCAGGUAUGACUAGAGACAUUGAAAAAAUGGUUGAGGAAUGUGCAACUUGCCAGCAGUUCCAACCUCGCCAACAGAGGGAGCCGAUGAUCUCUCAUGAAAUCCCAGAGCUUCCAUGGCUGAAAGUAGGAGCUGACAUAUUUGAAAUCAGUGGUCAGUCAUUUCUUCUGGUUGUAGAUUAUUUCUCCAAAUACCCGGAAGUACUAAACAUAAGAGACAAGACAACACACACAGUCAUUAACAAGAUGAAAUCGGUCUUUGCCAGAGUGGGAAUACCUAAAGAAAUUGUGUGCGACCAUGUGCCUUUUGCAAGCCAAGAAAUGAGAAAGUUUGCCACAGCAUGGGGAAUUAAGCUCACUCACUCCAGCCCAGGCUAUGCGCAGUCAAAUGGCCUGGCCGAGAGAACAGUGAAGACUGUUAAGUACCUGUUAAAGAAGGCCAAACAAACCAACACUGACCCAUUUCUGGCACUUCUAACUCUCAGGAACACACCUGUCACAGGUAUGGGCUAUUCUCCAGCACAACUGCUUAUGGGCAGGGUCCUGAGAAGCACUUUACCCAGCUCAAGCACAGUACUGCAACCUGCAGUACCAACUAAUGCACUUUCUACUCUUCAGGAUCUCCAGCGAAGACAGCGUGCUUAUUACAACAGAGGCACAAAGAAACUUCCGAUGCUGCCGCCUGGUGGGAUUGUUCACAUGAAAACUGAACGAGGAUGGAGUCCUGCUGUUGUCAUGGCGACAUGCGCUGAACCACGGUCCUAUGACAUAAUGACAUCAUCUGGACAGCAGUACAGGCGCAACAGGAGACACCUGAGGAAGACACCCAGCAACAUUCAGGUGUAUGAACCGGACAGUCUCGAUGAUGAGCAAGACAGCACCCCAGAUGCUUCUACCGGGGCUGAUGAGACUGCAUGUGUGGAGCCUUCUCCUCCUCCACCAACGGGUCAAACCAGAAGCGGCCGAGUUAUUAGGCCUCCAGUUAGAUUCAGAGACUAUGUGUUAAGCCAUUAA